GUAAGGAGAGUAGGGUGGGCUCUGGAGUCCUGCAGCAGAUCUCAUCUAUAUCACAUCUAGCCCUACCAGUUCGACAACCUCUCCUCUAUCGCAUAUACAUAUUUCGAACAUUCGGGCAUGCCAAUCUGACGACAUUUCCCUCCGACUGUGAAUAAAAUAAGGGCCGUAGCGCAAUGUGGUUUAUACUGCUCCUGUUCGGUUUGCAGUAUUCCGGCGGGUCGCAAAAUUUAGCAAACCCCUCACUUCCGUUGCCUAUCGGAGGCCCGAACGUCUGCGGCCCAAGAAACGGGAGGACGUUUUGCUGUCCAGGUUGGCAGAUAAAAAUCAACACCGGCCUCUGCAUAGUGCCACAAUGCGGUAGAAAAUGUGGCAGGGGGCGGUGCGUCAAACCGAAUCGGUGCAUGUGCGAGAACGGCCAUCUGGCUCCGUCUUGCCUUCCAUUCGGCCCGCACAACGACACGGCAACGGAGCCGAGGAGGCCAUCGGCCGAGAUCAGGCCCAGGCAGGAGAACUGCAGAUACCCGUGCAUGAACGGAGGCAAAUGCGUCGGCACACGGUGUUCGUGCAAACACGGAUACGAGGGCGAUUGGUGCGAGCAAGCAAUUUGCAAAGAGCCGUGUUUAAAUGGUGGCCGCUGCAUUGCUCCGGACACGUGCGGCUGUAUUUACGGCUAUACGGGGAAAAGGUGUGAAGCUGACUACAGGACUGGCCCUUGCUACACGAAGGUCGUCAACGGAAUGUGCCAAGCCCAGCUACAGGGCGUCGUGUGCACGAGGAACCUCUGCUGUGCCACUGUCGGGAAGGCAUGGGGACAUCCUUGCGAGAUGUGUCCGCACAACCUGCCCUGCGACGAAGGCUACCUCCAGAACAUACACUCGGGGAUGUGCGUCGAUAUUAACGAGUGCGAGGCGAUCCCCGGGCUUUGCAUCGGUGGAAAAUGCGUGAACACAAUGGGCUCUUUCAAAUGCCAGUGUCCUGUGGGUCAGGCUAGGGAUGAAGAGACGAACAUGUGCAGGGAUGUGAACGAGUGCAAAUCUGGACAGGCUUUGUGUGAAAAUGGAAGAUGCGUCAACACAGACGGCAGUUACUAUUGUCUCUGUAAUCCCGGUUUUAUUGCAAACCGUGAUAACACAGGAUGCAUUGACGCUAGACAAGACUAUUGCUACACGACGGUGAGCAGGAGCGGUGUCUGCCAGCAAAAGUUGUCGAUGCGAUUGUCAAAGCGAGACUGCUGUUGCGGCAUGAACAUGGGCCAGGCGUGGGGACACAACUGCGACCUCUGUCCGAUUCAAGGAGAAAGUAAGUAUAAGGCGCUUUGCGGAGGCGGAGGCAACGGGAGCGGCCACGGUAAUGGUGGAAACGGAGGCGGCUACGGAGGUGGAGGUCUCGUUCUUGUUGACGAGUGCGGACUUAGGCCCGACAUCUGCGGAGGUGGAAGCUGCCAGGACACGCCCGAGGCUUACACGUGCACCUGUUACCCGGGCUACAGGAAGGGCCAGUCACAAGUGUGUGAAGACGUCGACGAAUGCCAGUUGGGCUACUGUUACGGCGGCCGGUGCUUUAAUUCCCCCGGAAGCUUUGAAUGCACGUGCCCCCCCGGUUUCGACGUGUCAUCAGAUGGCAAACGAUGCAUUGAUCACGACGAAUGUACUCAAAAUGGAAUGUGCGCUAAUGGCUUUUGUAUCAACAUGGACGGGUCUUUUAAGUGUCAGUGCAAGGACGGGUUCGUCUUAUCUGCCACCGGGCAUUCUUGCAUAGAUACGGACGAGUGUCUGGAGAACCCGAGAAUAUGCCUCAACGGCCGGUGCGAGAACACCCCAGGUUCUUACCGGUGCAUAUGCCAGUCAGGAUUCACCCUGUCAGCAGACGGCAGUUUCUGCAUGGACACCGAUGAGUGCUCCAAAUCGAAUCGGAUGUGCGACAACGGGAAAUGCAUCAACAUGGAAGGCACAUACAAGUGCCUGUGCGAUUCGGGCUUCAAAGCUUCACCCAGUCAAACAAGCUGCGUGGAUAUCGACGAAUGCCAAAGCCCGAAUCCGCCGUGCGGUAACGGGAGGUGCCGGAACACGAUCGGGAGCUUCUACUGUGAGUGCAACUACGGCUUCAACCUGGGACCCGACGGGCGGACAUGCGUCGACACAAGGAGGGAUUUAUGCUACGCAACAGUCCAAGAAGGUAAGUGCGCUAAUCCAUCGACGACGCCCGUCUCCAAAUCGAGUUGCUGCUGCUGCGUGACCUUCCCGAAUCAGCCGAUGGCCUGGGGAUCUUCUUGCCAAAUUUGUCCUCAACCGAACACGGAAGAAUUCAGGACCCUUUGCCCCCACGGGCCUGGAAUGACAAACGCGGGAAUAGAUAUCAACGAAUGUUCUCAAAAUCCCAACAUAUGCCAGAACGGCGCUUGUGAAAACCUGAUGGGUUCCCAUAGGUGCAUUUGCAACCCGGGUUUCGAGAGCGACGUGACCGGAAAAGCAUGCGUGGACAUCGACGAGUGUAAAACAGACGACAACAUAUGCAUGGGAGGCCAAUGUAGGAACACGCCGGGAAGUUUUCAAUGUAUCUGUCCAUCGGGAACGCAACUCAACGUCCUGACACAUGCCUGCGAAGACGUCGACGAAUGCCGGGAACUCGGCUCUGACGCGUGCUACAACAGUUUUUGCAUCAACACGGUCGGUUCGUUCAUCUGUGAAUGUGAGCCGGGUUCUAUCCUUGACCACACGGGAAGGGCUUGUAUCGACAAUAGAAAAGGAAAUUGCUGGACACGUUUGGUCGGUGGAAGAUGCGAAAACAGCCUUCCCCAGCUAACUUUAAAAUCAGAAUGCUGCUGUUCGGUUGGACUCGCCUGGGGGAGUCCUUGUGAGCCAUGCCACUACAAAGACUGCGACUGUGCCAAAGGAUAUACAAAAAGUGAUGGAAAAGUAUGCAAAGACAUAAACGAAUGCGAAUUAAACGCUGGUGUCUGCAAAGGAGGAGGCACAUGCGUCAAUACAGACGGUUCUUUUACGUGCGUCUGUUUGCCCGGAUUAACUUUAGACUCGACAGGGACGAUGUGCAUCGAUAUGAGGCAGGAAAGCUGUUUUACAGAUUACAAGCACGGCCAGGGGGUGAUCCCGAUCGAAGGCGUCUACCCGAAAAGUCUCUGUUGCUGUUCCAAAAUCGGAAAAGCCUGGGGUGGUUCUUCGGACGGUGACAGAUGCGAGUCUUGCCCUAAACCAGGAUCGCCCACAUUUACAGAUCUCUGUCCAAAAGGCCAAGGUUUUGUCGACAAGAAGGACAUCAACGAGUGCAUGCAGUUUCCAAGCAUGUGCAGCAACGGAAGGUGUAAGAACACGAUGGGAGGAUUCAAUUGCAGGUGCAACCAAGGCUACGCGUUGGACGACACGGAGACAAAAUGUGUCGACAUCGAUGAAUGCAGCAUAAUGCACGGCGUCUGCGGAAGCGGCACGUGUCAAAAUCUGCCCGGAAGCUUCGAGUGCCAGUGCAAAGAGGGUUUCGAAAGCUCAGUCAUGAUGAAAGUCUGCAUGGACAUCAACGAGUGUGAGACAAUCCCAGGACUUUGCAAAGGCGGUGUCUGCAGAAACACGCCAGGGAGUUUCAAGUGCGUCUGCCCACCUGGGCACGAAUUGUCCCCCGACAAACGAUACUGCAAAGAUAUCGACGAAUGUUCGAGAACAAGCGGGAUUUGCUCGAACGGAGUCUGUGAAAAUAUGAUGGGCACGUACCAGUGCGUCUGCGACGACGGGUACGAACACGCGGGCAUCACGUCUCACUGCGAGGAUAUUGACGAAUGCGCUAAUUAUAAUGGAGGUUGUUCUUCAAUCUGUCAGAAUGCUCCUGGAAGCUUUAGCUGCACCUGCCAGGAUGGCUUUGUAUUGAAAAACGAUGGAAGAACUUGUGUUGAUAUCGAUGAAUGUGCUGAAAACUCUAGGAUAUGCAACGGCGGAAAGUGCACAAACACGAUUGGAAGUUUUAAAUGCGACUGCAUAAAAGGUUUACUCCCUGGCCCCGAGGGAUCAUCCUGUGUUGACAUAAACGAAUGCGAGGACCACCCGAACAUAUGCGGUAACGGUGACUGCGACAAUACCAUCGGGUCUUUCAGAUGCCACUGCGAGGUUGGCUACUCCGCAAAACCCUAUGCAGGUCCUUAUUGUACCGACGAUGAUGAAUGUUACUUAAUGACGCAUAAUUGUGAUAUGAAUGCUGAUUGUAUUAACAAUCCCGGGUCGUACAUAUGCAGGUGCCGAGAUGGAUUUAUAGGAGACGGCAUCAACUGCGUAGACAUCAACGAAUGCUCGACAAACAACGGCGGAUGCAGUCAAAACGCCAAAUGCAGAAACACAGAAGGCUCUUUCGACUGCGAGUGCGAAGAGGGCUUCAGGGGCGACGGUUUCUCAUGCGUAGACAUAGACGAAUGCUCGGAACAUCCGAUGUACUGCGAAAACGGACACUGCCUCAACCAACCAGGCAGCUACAAAUGCGAGUGCGAAAUGGGUUUCAUGCACCCUGACUACAAUGGCAAGGCGUGCAUAGAUAUGAAUGAGUGCAACAUGUUCAACAACAUCUGCAUGUUCGGUCAAUGUGAAAACAUAUUUGGAAUGUUCAAAUGCAACUGUGAUGAAGGAUACACACUAGGAAAUAGAGGAGAUAAUUGUACUGAUAUUAAUGAAUGUGAAAAUCCUGGAGCUUGUCGUUUUGGAACCUGUGAAAAUACAAAUGGCAGUUACUUAUGCAACUGUCCUCCCAAUCACCAGUUAACACCUUCAAAAGAUGGAUGUGUCGACAAAAGAGAAUCGAGAUGCUAUCAGCAAGUCGAUGGUGGCACUUAUGGCAAACCAACCUGUACCAAAGACAUGGGCCAGAUUGUGACAAAAGCAACCUGUUGCUGUUCCAUUGGAAAAGGAUGGGGACCUAAUUGUGAACUUUGCCCUACAGUGAAUUCACCUGCCUAUAGAGAUCUCUGUCCUGGUGGCUCAGGCUAUCGCCCAAAUUUAGUGACUGUAGACAUAGAAGAUAUUAAUGAAUGUGACGAGCAUCCAAGAAUUUGUCAAAAUGGACACUGCACAAAUUCUUUUGGGAGUUUUAUCUGCUCAUGCAAUGAUGGUUUUAGACUUGAUGAAACCACUGCAACCUGCUUAGAUAUCGAUGAAUGUAAUGAAACACCUAAUAUAUGCGGUGCUGGAUACUGUGUCAACGAUGAUGGAACGUUUCAUUGCAUCUGCCCUGAUGGUUAUAUGCUUCUACCCAACGGAAAGGAAUGUGUUGAUAUGAGGAAAGAGUAUUGCUACAUGGAAUAUUCCCAUGGAAAAUGUGAGCAUCCAAUGUCCAACCAGCAGACAAAAAUGGUAUGUUGCUGCUCAAUGGGUCAGGCUUGGGGUCACCCUUGCAAACCAUGUCCAGUGCCAAAAAGCCGAGAAUAUAUAGAACUUUGUGGGACUCAACCUGGACAGAUCAUAAACCCAAUGACAAACCAGACAGAAGAAAUUGAUGAAUGUAAACUUAUGCCAACCAUGUGUAAACACGGAGAUUGCAUGAACACACCAGGAAGUUUUGAAUGUGACUGUAACAACGGAUUUUCUUACGAUAUUAACUCGCAUCAGUGUGUUGAUGAAAAUGAAUGCUUAAGAUCACCUAGUCCAUGCAGAGGCAAUGCACAGUGUGUAAAUUCACAAGGUAGCUAUGAAUGCCAGUGCCCUGAUGGAUAUAAAUUAGGUGUCUCUUUGAGGGAUUGCAUAGAUAUUGAUGAAUGCAUUGAAAGGCCAGAAAUUUGUGGACAUGGAACUUGUAACAACUUCCAAGGCAGUUUCCAAUGUGUUUGUUACAGUGGUUACACACUGACACCGUCCCGCUCCAACUGUGUGGAUAUAGACGAAUGCAUUCGCCACCCGAAUAUCUGUAACAACGGCACUUGUUCAAAUUCCAAAGGGUCUUACACAUGCCACUGCCAUCAAGGUUUUAAGCUAAGCCAUAACAAUGACUGCAUCGAUAUUGAUGAGUGCCAUUCACAGCCUUAUUUAUGCCGAAAUGGAAGAUGCAAAAACACUAUUGGAUCUUUCAAAUGUGAAUGUACUGAAGGCCAUGAACUUCAACCAGAUGCCCAGCAAUGUAGAGAUGUAGAUGAAUGUAGAGAGAUGCCUGGAAUAUGUCCUCCUCCUGGGCGGUGCCAAAACACAAUGGGCUCAUUUUUCUGCACCUGCCCUCCUGGAUAUCAUUUGUCACCGGAUAAAAAAUUGUGCUUGGACAUUGAUGAAUGUGCUGAACGAAAGGGUGUCUGUGACGGAGGACGAUGUAUAAACACAGAUGGAGGAGUGAUUUGCGAAUGCCCUCCUGGAUUUAUAUUUUCAGAAGGCAGAAUCAAAUGCAUCGACAUACGCCAAGAGAUGUGCUUUGAAAAUCUUGAAAAAGGAAGAUGUACAAAUCCAAGAAUGGAGCCGCUUACGAUUAAAGAGUGUUGCUGUUCUAUGGGCAUGGCCUGGGGUCGCCAUUGUGAAAGGUGUCCGGUUGAAGGAAGCGAUGAAUUUCUGAAACUUUGCCCGCAAGGGAUUGGAAGAAAGGAAAGUGGAGAAGAUUUGAACGAGUGUCACAUCAUGCCUAACGCUUGUGGAUCAGGAGAUUGCAUAAAUACAGAUGGCUCUUACAGAUGCACAUGUCCACCUGGUUAUGUUUUAGACAGCAAUGGAAAGAAUUGCAUAGAUGAAAAUGAGUGUGAAACUUCUUCGAGCAUGUGUGGGAAUGGUACAUGUACUAAUAUAGAAGGUAGUUUUGAGUGUUCUUGCAAUCAUGGAUUUGCACCUGGACCUAUGCAGACCUGUGAGGACAUCAACGAAUGCCAGGAAAUGAGUAACCAAUGUGCAUUUAGAUGUCAUAAUGUCCCUGGUUCCUUUAGAUGUAUUUGUCCAUAUGGUUAUAUGUUAGCUCCUGAUGGUAGACAUUGCCAAGAUGUGGAUGAAUGUAGCACACCUGCAAAUAACUGCAAAUUUAAGUGCAAGAAUCAAAUAGGGUCCUUUAUUUGUAUUUGUCCUGAAGGAUAUACACAGAUUCCUCUUACAGACGAUUGUAAAGAUAUUGAUGAGUGCCAGAAGCCAGGAGUUUGUGACAAUGGCUAUUGUGAAAAUUUAGAAGGGUCUUUCAGGUGUACAUGCUUCCCAGGAUUCAAGCCCAACUACGAUUUCACAAAAUGCAUUGAUGAAAGGCAGGGUGUAUGCUACAGGCAAUUGUCCGCUAAUGGCAAAUGCACGAUGCACACCGACGUAAAACACAAAGCUACUAAAGCAGACUGUUGUUGCACAAUGGGCGCAGCUUGGGGGCCAACCUGUGAACGCUGCCCUCAACCAGGAUCUGAUGAGUAUACGAAUUUAUGCAUGGAAAGUGGAAUCAGCAUUGACGGACAAGAUAUUGAUGAGUGUCGAACUAUUCCUGAUUUGUGUAAACAUGGCACUUGCAUCAACACUUUAGGAUCAUACAAAUGCAUGUGCCAUAAAGGAUUUAAAGCAGAUCAUUCUGGCACAGUUUGUAGAGAUGUUAACGAAUGCCAUAAUUCACCAUCUCCAUGUCAACAUUCAUGUCAGAAUACUCAAGGGAGUUAUCUGUGCUCUUGUCCAAAAGGCUAUGAAUUAGGGCCUGAUGGUUCAUCAUGUCAUGAUAUAGAUGAGUGCAAAACUGGUAUUCACAUUUGUCAGCAAAACUGCAUCAACACUCCUGGCAGUUACCAAUGCUCUUGUGCCGAAGGCUAUAGGCAAGAAGGCGAUUACUGCUUAGAUAUCGAUGAAUGUAAAAACAGUGCUGUUUGUCAUGCUCCUGGAAAAUGUAUUAACACUUUGGGUAGCUACAGAUGCCUUUGUCCAAAGGGAUUUAAGCUUGAUUCAACUGGAUCAUUCUGCAGAGACGCAGAUGAAUGCCAGGAUGAUAGCAAAUGUGAACAUGGCUGCCAGAACAUCUUUGGAAGCUAUAGAUGUAGCUGCCCUAAAGGGUUUUACAAGCAUAUGUACUACAACCACUGCAUUGAUGAAAAUGAAUGCCUUAAGUCACCAUGUGGGACAUCAAAAUGUUUCAACACUAUCGGCAGUUAUAAAUGUGGUUGCUCUGAAGGUUUUCAAUUUGAUCAAUCUAUUUCCUUGUGUGUUCAGUUGAGCCCUGCUUGCGCUGAUGCUCAAUGUGCUUUUGGUUGCUUCCCUGGUCACCAGGGUGGAUAUUCAUGUGGCUGUCCAACUGGAUUCCAACAAGUUGGCCAAGGGCACUGCAUGCAAACAAUCAAUUCAGGACCUAAUUUCAGCCCCCAGGGUUUUCAAAAGCAUUAUUCACAAGAUCCAUACAGAGUAUCUCCCGAUAAAGUAAUUUCAACAGAGGGCUGCUUCUCUUGCAAGACUAAUGGGCGGCAUAGAAGAACCACAAAUACGACUAAUGUUCAAAAGGAACGUCAUUACUAUAGACAUGUGAUGUCUAGAAGAACUAAGAAUGGUCCAAGGCCUAAGCGUCACCACAUGAGCAAUUCUAUCAAAGGAAGUGCAGGUUACAAAAAUGGACAAAAUAUUAAAUGGAUCCAUGAGGCUACUGUGGUUACGAUCAAUCUCUCACAGACAAAGCACCGGAUGAAAAUAAUCAAGUUGAUUCCUGCUGUAGAGAAUGAUUUUGAAUAUGAAAUCACCCAAGGAAAUGAAAAAGGAACUUUUGAUUUGGUUAACAAACAUGGGGUAUGGGCACUGCAUUUCAAAAAGAGAUUAAAACAACCAACCACAUUCUAUUUGGAAAUAACAGGGAAGCCAAGAAAUUCGAUCCCCUUGGAAAAUACAGAACAACCUUUAGUACUGCAUAUAAGACUUAUAGUGUCAUCCUAGGAAAUGUGUUCAUUAUAUUCAAAAUGAAACUUUGAAACUGCCAUAUUUUUGUAUAGAUUAAUAUGUACAAAUAGGUUUGUGUAUAAUCCUUUUCUUUGUGUUUGUUGUAAAUGAAAUAAUAAAUAUAAAAAUGAAACGAAAAUAAUCAAAAUUGUACAAAUCCGUCAGUCAUGGUGUACUAAGUAAUUGAUUUAAUAGAUGUGGAGGCUUGCUAAGUCAAUUUUUUAGCCAUGAUAAUUUUUUUGUAAAAUAUUGAUGUUUAUAAAAUAAAUUUUUUGUAAAGUA